CAGAGAUUCCAAUUCAGUGAACGUGCAAUUAGUUGGAGAUCUCUGUGCCUGGCCGGUGCUAUGGAAGCAAGGUAUCGAAUUUCUAAAUAUUCUAAUCCGUUCUUUAUUUCUUAAAUCGGAUUACUCCUUAUAAGAAGAUGACAAUGAUGAGAAAUUGGUGGAUCUGUUAUAAAACUACCAACAUUACAGCUCAAUAAAAACAAAUGAUUGAUUCUUUUUGCUCUAUUUUGUUUCCAUAUAUAUUAGAGAGGUACCAUGGGGUGGUUUUAACAGCAAACUCACUUCUGUAUUCAAAUCUCAUAGCUUUCUAUUGCAAAAACAAAACUAUACAAAUGGCUUCAUUUCAUAUUCGAUCGAUCAGUCUGCCAUCUAGAUCUCAUCCGAUAACUGUAAGUUUAGAGGAGCAACUUUCCAAGCUAAACACAUCACAAUCAUCCUUAUCAUUAGGCCAAAAAUUGAGUGGCCUAAAAGAGUUGUAUGAGUGUCUUGAUGAUUUUCUUCAACUAGCACUCACCCAACAAUCUCUUUCCCAUGAGAACUCCGUAGAAGAGGCAUUGAAUGGAUCUUUGAGUUUGUUGGAUAUAUGUAGCAACACCAGAGAUUUUUUCUCACAAAUGAGAGAAUGCCUCCGGGAACUUGAAUUAUCUAUCCGAAGAAGUGGAAACGGAGUUGAGGCAUAUAUGGCAUCAAGGAAAACAUUGAAUAAGUUGAUCUGCAAAUAUCUCAGAAAUUUGAAGAAACAAGACAAAAACAGCAAACAUAACUCGGAUUUUGUAGUCUUGCUCAAAUCUGUAGAGGAACUUAGUGUUUCAAUGUUCGAAUCCAUCUUAUCUUUCAUUUCUUUACCAAAGUCAAAAUCAAAGCUCUCUAUUUUCACAAAGUUUAUGCAACCAAAGAAUGCAUCACCCGAAGAGGAAAUCGAAGCUAAUGAAGUUGAAAAGAUCGAUGCUGAAUUGCUUAGCCUGAAGUCCAGCAUUGACAUCAAUCAGAGGAAAACUAUGUUGAAAGAAUUGGAGACAUUGGAGAUGAGCCUUAAAGAAGCAGAAGAGGAUUUAGAGUGUGUGUAUAGAAGAUUGGUCAAAAUCAGAGUCUCUAUUCUCAAUAGUCUAAAUCAUUAGGAGAUUGCUUCUACCACAAUUUUGUAGCAUAUAAUCUUACAACAAAUUGUACAUAAACAAACAUAUAUACAAAUACCAAAUGAAUAUAAUCAGUCAGAUUUCUCUCAUUU